AUGGCCCCCGCCUUAGUCGAAGACCCCCUCCCUAUCCGGGAAACUACAGCUGCAAAGUCCAAUAUCACGGAGAACUUCAACAAGGAAUUCUUCAUCGGCGGCAAGGAGGCUUUUGAUAACAAGGCUGAGCUUGAGGGUACAGCGGCCCAACCUGCCGCUACAUACCCCAACUACCUCCCAGUUUGGGACAAUGAGAAGGGCGUGAAAUACCCUCCAUGGACGCCAUUCGAGCAUUAUGAGCAUGGCAAAGAUGCCGAUCCUUCACUUAAGGACCUUCUCCCAGCUGGCAAGGCCGAAGUUACUGAGAUUACACCAUACAUCGGCUCCGAGGUUCGCGGCGUACAACUGAGCCAACUCACAGACGCAGGCAAAGACCAACUUGCCCUGUUCGUUGCCCAACGUAAAGUUGUCGCAUUCCGUGACCAAGACUUUGCAAGUCUCCCCAUCGAUAAAGCUCUGGAAUUUGGUGGCUACUUUGGCCGUCACCACAUCCAUCCUACCUCCGGUGCUCCCAAGGGCCACCCCGAAGUCCACCUCGUGCACCGUGGCGCAGACGACAACUCGUUUUUGCAGACAUUCUUGCACGAACACACAAACUCCGUGACGUGGCACUCGGACGUCUCCUACGAGCGCCAGCCACCGGGCACCACAUUUUUGUAUCUACUUGACGGUCCCACAACCGGGGGUGACACCUUAUUCGCAAACCUGGCCAAGGCAUAUGAGCGGUUGUCCCCCGAGUUCAGGAAGAGACUUCACGGUCUUAAAGCUGUGCAUUCGGGCUUUGAGCAGGCGCAAAGUGCGCUGGCAAGGGAGAGUACGGUGCGAAGAGAUCCCGUGAAGCAUGAGCAUCCGAUUGUGAGGACGCAUCCCGUUACGGGCGAGAAGGCGCUUUAUGUUAAUCCUCAGUUCACCCGAUACAUCGUCGGCUACAAAAAGGAAGAAUCCGAGCAUCUACUCAAAUUCUUAUUUGAACACAUCGCAUUGUCGCAGGAUCUCCAGACCCGCAUCAAAUGGGCUCCUGGUACAGUUGUAGUUUGGGAUAACCGUGUUACUGCACACUCGGCCUUGUAUGACUGGGAAAAUGGCCAGAGACGUCAUCUUGCGCGUAUAACUCCUCAGGCUGAGCCUCCUCGCGAGACGCCGUUUGAGGCUUAG